ACGACUUCCUGUGUACGUUGAAACGUCAGGGUCAGCGUCUGUUACUUGGUUCACGAUUAAGAAACAGCAGCUAAUCAUAAGUUUAAUUCUUUGCAAACAGGGGCUAAUUUUAAGCACAAUGUACAAAAAAGAAUCUUGAGAAAUAUAGACAAUCAUUAGGCUUGUAAUAAUUCGCACGGAGCGGAUUACGUAAGAGACACCGAGCGUGAACGCGCGAAACCAGAUGUGAGUGUUUCUGAAAUUAACUAACGUUAACGUGAAUUGUCAAAACUGAUGGAGUCGCAGAAGAAGACCAGUCAACCUGCAAAUAAGACUUCAACGUCUGAGAAUGAUGAAGAGGAGGAAUGCUGCGCUAAUACUUCCUGUGAAAAAAAUGAGAAGCAGAAGCCUUCAUCACCGAAACAAGGAGAUUUCAGUGAUCCGGUAUAUAAAGAGAUUGCAGUGGCAAAUGGCACCAUUAACCGAAUGAACAGAGAUGAGCUGCGUGUGAAAUGUGCUGAGCUGAAGCUUGACACACGGGGAGUUAAGGAUGUCCUGAGGAAGCGCCUAAAAAGUUACUACAAAAAGCAAAAACUGAUGCAUUCAGGUGCUGCAAAUGGGAACACUGAUACAUAUUUUGACUACAUCUGUGUGGUGGAUUUUGAAGCAACAUGUGAAGAGAAUAACCCACCUGACUACCUGCAUGAAAUCAUUGAGUUUCCCAUGGUGUUGAUCGACACACACACCUUGGAGAUUGUAGACUCAUUUCAGAAGUAUGUGAAGCCAGUGGUGAACCCACAGCUCUCUGAGUUUUGUGUAAGACUUACCGGAAUCACACAGAAAAUGGUGGAUGAGGCAGAAACGUUCCAUCAGGUUCUAAAGCGAGCAGUUUCUUGGCUACAGGAAAAAGAACUUGGCACAAAAUACAAAUAUACAUUUUUAACAGAUGGGUCAUGGGACAUGGGAAAAUUUCUUCAUACUCAGUGUAAACUUAGUUGCAUCAGAUACCCACAGUUCACCAGAAAAUGGAUCAAUAUCAGAAAGUCUUAUGGAAACUUUUAUAAGGUUCCUCGUACUCAGACGAAACUAAUCUGCAUGCUGGAGAAUCUUGGUAUGCAGUAUGAUGGACGUCCCCACUGUGGUCUAGAUGACUCCCGCAACAUUGCCAGAAUUGCCAUCCACAUGCUGAAGGAUGGCUGUCAGCUGCGGGUGAACGAGUGCUUGCAUUUAGGAGAACCACGGAGCGUGCCUAUCACUGCCCCAAUUGAAGGAGCCCCAGCACCUCAAACCCCCAAGAAAAGAGACUGAAAAGAUCAUUUAAAGACUCUUUCGCAAAAAUAACAUUGCUUAAUCUGGACAAAUAUGAGAAUCUGUCAGAUAAAUGAGACUAACUAAUGUGGGUUUUCUUAAAAUUGUUCCAGAAAUGUAUACAGUUUAUUUUCUGCAAAAGUUUACACCAUAGCAGGUCAGUGGGGUGAGGCUGUGCUUUCACUUUUACUGAAUAUUGAGUUUAUGUGCUGUAUUUUGAAACUUACUCCUGAUAAACUGAAACAGUAGUUUCAAGUAAAAGGCUUGUUUGAAGCCUAAAUUAUGGGUGAUUAAUACUUGCAAUACUGCAUUGCAUUGCUUUUAAUUCAUGUUGCACAUCCAAUGAAAAACUCCAUUUGUAAUCUUUUGUCAAUAAACACUUUUUUUUUUAUAA